UCGAAUCUGUCUCUUUAUGACAUCAUUUGUUUUCAUUUAUAAAGAAACAAAACAAGCGAUACUGUAAAAAUCUGCAAUUCUGCAUCCCACCUCCUCUCUCAGCUUCAUAUCUCAACCAAGCAAACAAGAAGUGGAAGAAGGAAUCCUUUUGCAUUUUCGGACAUUUUCUGUUUCCAAAUUGAUCUGAGAUGGGCGAGCCGCUAGGACUGCUCCAGGUGACUGUUAUUCGAGGAAAGAAACUGGUUAUCAGAGACUUCAAGUCAAGUGAUCCUUACGUGAUUCUCAAACUGGGAACUGAGUCAGCCAAGACCAAAGUGAUCAAUAAUUGCUUGAAUCCUGUGUGGGAUGAGGAACUGAGCUUUACACUCAAAGACCCUGCAGCUGUUCUAUCAUUGGAAGUGUUUGAUAAAGAUAGGUUCAAGGCAGAUGACAAGAUGGGCCAUGCCACUCUCAGCCUUCAACCGCUCAUCUCAGUAGCCAGGCUAAGGCAUAUAGUGCGUGUUUCCUCUGGCGAGACGACUCUUAGGAAAGUGUUGCCUGAUUCUGACAACUGUGUAUCUCGGGAGAGCACAAUCAGCUGCAUUGACGGAGAGGUGGUGCAGAGCGUGUGGCUGAAGCUGUGCGCUGUUGAAUCGGGUGAGAUUGAGUUGAAGAUCAAGUUGAUUGAUCCUCCUGGAACAAAGUAGAAUGCACAUGUGUGUGGGGGGGUAUGUAGUUUGUAGCAAGCAACUCGUUUGUUUAGUGAUAACUGCAACAUGUAAUGGUCUUUGUGUUUCCAAAUGAGUGUGAAACGGCUUUCAAGGCUUUAAAGCUUUUUGCCUUUGUUCAACAACAUGUAAUGCCAAUUAAUGUUUUCUCAAAUACAACUCUCUUAAUGUCAA